AUGCUGAAGCCCGGGGAGCGCGGCGGGGGCUCGGCCUUCCUGAAGGUGGACCCGGCCUACCUCCAGCACUGGCAGCAGCUCUUCCCACAGGGAGCCCCGCUCAAGGGCAGCGCGGGGACCGCCCCGGGCCCCCCGCCCCCGGCCCCGGCCUCCGAGCCCCCACCGGACAGCCUCAGCCUCCGCCCGCGCCCGGCCUCCCUGACCGCUGCCCCUGCCCCAGCCCCCGUAGCCACCUCUUCGUCGUCGUCGUCCUCCUCCUCCUUGUCCUGCCCCGCGUCCACCCUGCCCGGGCCGCCGCCGCCGCCGCCGCCGCCCGCCUUCGCGCCACUGCCUAGUGUCGAGCCAUCUCCCCCCGGAGCUCUGCCAGGUCGGGAUGGGGUAGGAGAGCGGGCGGCCCCCCGGCCCCGCUGUUCGGCUGAAGAGCUGGACUACUACCUGUACGGCCAGCAGCGCAUGGACAUCAUCCCGCUCAGCCCGCACGCCGGCGACCCCAACACCCGCUGCGACAUGUGCGCGGAUCACCGGCACGGGGAGUGCCCCAUGCACGGGCCCCUGCACUCGCUGCGCCGCCUUGUGGGCACCAGCAGCAGCGCGGCGGCGGCGCCCCCCCCGGAGACCCCCGAGUGGCUGCGGGACCUGCCCCGGGAGGUGUGCCUGUGCACCAGCACCGUGCCGGGCUUGGCCUACGGCAUCUGUGCCGCCCAGCGAGUCCAACAGGGCACCUGGAUCGGGCCCUUCCAGGGAGUGCUCCUCCCCCCCGAUAAGGUGCAGGCGGGGGUCGUCCGGAACACCCAGCACCUCUGGGAGAUAUAUGACCAAGACGGGACACUGCAGCACUUUAUUGAUGGUGGAGAGCCCAGUAAGUCGAGCUGGAUGAGGUAUAUCCGAUGUGCGAGGCACUGUGGGGAACAGAAUCUAACUGUAGUUCAAUACAGGUCAAAUAUUUUCUAUCGAGCCUGUAUAGAUAUCCCCAGGGGCACUGAGUUGUUGGUGUGGUAUAAUGACAGCUACACGUCUUUCUUUGGAAUCCCUCUCCAGUGCAUUGCCCAGGAUGAAAACUUGAACGUCCCCUCUGCUGUAAUGGAAGCCAUGUGCCGACAAGACAACCUGCAGCCAUUUACCAAAAGUACCAAACUCCCCCCGGCCACUCCUCAGCGCUCGAUAGUUUUCCCGCAGACACCAUGUAGCAGGAAUUUCUCUCUCCUGGAUAAGUCUGGGCCCAUCGAGUCAGGAUUUAACCAGAUCAGUGUCAAAAACCAACGAGUUCUUGCAAGCCCAACUUCAACGAGCCAACUAAACUCUGAGUUCAGUGACUGGCACCUAUGGAAAUGUGGGCAGUGCUUUAAGACUUUCACCCAGAGGAUCCUCUUACAGAUGCAUGUCUGCACCCAGAACCCGGACAGACCCUACCAGUGUGGACACUGUUCCCAGUCCUUCUCCCAGCCUUCUGAACUGAGGAACCAUGUGGUCACCCACUCCAGCGACCGACCUUUCAAGUGUGGCUACUGCGGCCGUGCCUUUGCUGGCGCUACAACCUUAAACAACCACAUCCGGACACACACCGGGGAGAAGCCCUUCAAGUGCGAGAGGUGUGAGCGGAGCUUCACGCAGGCCACCCAGCUGAGUCGACACCAGAGGAUGCCCAAUGAGUGCAAACCAAUAACAGAGAGCCCAGAAUCAAUCGAAGUGGAUUAACUGAUUGACUGGCUGGAAUUAAACUGCAAGGAAAGUCAUGAUUAAAUGUCACGGACACUUAAGCAAAACCAAAGAUUUCCUCUGAGCAACUUUCAAUCAGUCCCAGAAAACCAAAAGCAGGAAUAAAAUAAGUAAGAUGUUAAGAGAUAUUGAUCCUGGCAUGGAAAGGAGACCAGGAAAGAGAUUAUUUAUUUAUGACGAGGGAUGAGACUUCUUUCAGUCGGCCAAGUGACUAGUUGGACAGCCAGCAUCCCCAGUGUCACCAUGUUUUGCUUUCCUUCUAAAAUGCUUUUUAACUGUUAUUUAAUUCUAAAGGCAGGAUUUGAAGGGACUCUUCAGCCCACAGCUGUGACUGAGCAUGUCCAGGGGCUAGUCGGUGGCCACCUCCGUUGUCUAGUAACCUGACUCGAAGUUCCCCAAUGAAGUCCUGCUCUCCGCUGGCCAGUGGGAUUAGCCAAGCCCUGGCUAGCAGCUGGAAGGCCCGAAAGAGGAGCAGUAAGCAGAUGCAAGACCCUUAAACUAAAUCAGGGCCAGCAUCCAAACACGGGACAUGACAUUUCCCUAGCUCCUACCCUCCCCAUAGGGGCACUUCUUUCACUCGACAGCUUGGUCCUGGGGUAGGAAGACCUGGAAACAGAAGAUUGUGCUACGUGAGAAAUAAAAGGAACUAAGAGGA